AAAUCAUACUGGCCAAUGAAAACGUGCGUUACAAAUUUAUCAAUCACCGAGAUUCAAUUUUCAAGUCAUAGACAGUUUGACAACAGUAAGGCUACCAGAAAGAUGGUUUCCUCUGAGGCUAUUUCUGCCAUGAAAACUAUGGCGGCUGACCCUAAAAAGAGGGCAGUGUUAGUCAAGGACACAACAUGUGUAGGGGGACUUGUGUUGGUGCUAUCCAAUCAGGACAAUAGAAUCGUCACCCUUGCUUUGGAGACUAUUAAGCUGCUUGCUGAAACUGCUGAUCAUAGACCGUUGCUGCGGAACUUCAUUGGUAUGAUGGAGCAGCUCCUGUCUGUCAUUGAAAAGAAUGAUGUUGAGGUGUCCCCACUUGCCCGUGAGAUCUACAACACCCUCUCUUCAACUGAACAGACUACUCCUCGCAAAGACACAUUCAACUCCUCACUUGGAUCCAAUACCUCCAGACGCAGCAGCCUGCAGAAGACACUUCAGGGUGGACUAAAGCUCUCAAAAACAGUCAUACUUCAACUGAAAGGCCUGCUUAACAAGUGCGACCGAGAUGUGUGUAUGCGAUUGCUUCUGCAGACGAAGGGCGUGAUUAGUAUCACCUUUGACAUGAACAAGAAGCGAUGCAUUGUUCGCGCCAAGCCGGAGGUCAGGCCUGAGGUAUUGUUACAUGUACUCUAUACUCAGAUGUUGAUUCAAGCCCUAGCAAGGACUCAAACCAUCCACGCCCAGCAGGUGAUCAAGUCGGACAGUGGGGAAGAGCUCUUCCUAUCCUUUGGCUCCAACCAAGGUGAAAUGGACAAAGAAAAUGAUGUCACGCUUCCCGAGUACCUCCCUGACGAAGAGGAACUCAUCGUCGACGAUAAAGCCCUCGCACGUGACAAGCCAGAUUGCAAGUCCGGUGGCUGGCUGAGCAGUGCAGCUAGCUUCCUCACUAAUUCAUUCUACUGGUGAUUCAAUAGUCCCGAGUCCGCUUGGCUUUCUGUGACAAUGCUGGUAUUGGUAUUGGGAAAUCGAAGUACGCUUCUGUGAUAUGAUGAAAAAUAGAAAUUUUUAUCUUCUAAACUUAAUGUGCCUAAUGUGUUCAGUGAGAUCGUGUUUGUUGGUCUAUAAGUGUGGUAGAUGGGAAGUGCAUGAAUAUUUAUUAGCCACAUUAAUACGUGUAUAUAGUGUGUUCAUUGGUUGAUCAUUGCUGCAGGUAGUGUGAGAUGGGGAAGAUUUGAGAAAUAGUGCUUUUUAGUGUAUGGAUGUGCUUUCUUGAAAAAGUUACGGUUGUUUCAAGAAAAACUUCUGCUGUAAUCAUUCUUAACAUAAUACAUGAAUAAGGAAAUGGCUUAUAUUUUCAUAUAAUAUCACAUGGCAUUUCUUUUCUUUCCUUCUUUUUGUUCAACCUUCUUCAUUUUUUGCAUGUGAUUCUAUUUCCAUUGUGUUCAACUGUUUGUAUGUUCUGCCAUUUGAAUAUUCAUUUAAUAAAUGAGAAUUAAUUUUCAAAUUAUAUGUGUUAUUUUCUCAGUAAAUACACGCCUUUGUUAGCCCUUGGCAACUAUACACACCUUUAAAUCAGAACAUAAUUUGUAAACGCCACUUAUUUUAAGAUAAGUAAAAGUGAGUGUUGUAAAACAAGCAGUUCUCGAGGUUGAUGCUUUAAGCCAUUAGCUUUAAUCACAAUCAAACCAAAAAUAAUGGUAAAAUCUAUUAAAAUUAUAUCAGUCAUUGUGAAUAUGAGACCAUCUGACCUCAGACAAAUCUGAUGAAAUAUCAUGAGAUGUGGUAAACUUUUGUGUCCGCUAUUAUUCCUGUUCGAGUUAUUGCAAUUUUAAGAGAUUCUUUUGUUUUGACUUUUUUGCACAAUAAAAAUCAUAUCCCAUCAUGCAUUGCUCAAUACAGUUUGUAUCUGGGUCAUGCAUACAAGCUUUCAUGGAAACUUCUGACAAAAGAUGAAAACUGUAACUUGCUACAGGAUUAUUCACAGAAUAAUACCAGACAAUUUGUAUCGAAUGAUGUAACUCGCAAAAUGUGCAAUGCUUUAAGAUUAAUAAUUCAUUUUGUUUUUUAUUGCCACACAGUGACACAGUUACUUCUAUGAAAACAGUUAUUUCUUUGAUGCUAAAUUAAAUUGAAACACUAUUG